AUCUGCUUUAGUGGUUACAAUAAAAGAGUUUUAUAGGACAAUGCUGGAGAGAAGAGAUGCUAAUAUUCUCUGAGACUGCAGAACUGCCAGCCAGUGGAGGAUGAACACAAUUAUGCCUCGGGAUGAUUUCUCUGCAGACGUGCAUAUACUUUAACACUUGACAUCCGGGAAGAAGAAGAUUAACCCAGCUCACAGCGGAAGGAAGACCAUUGUGCUACUUCAGGAGCAAGAAAAAUACAAAUGAGUGCUGAUGAAGUUCCAUAAAAAUGCAAACGCUUGUGAAGUUUAUUUCUAAAAGUAUUUAACUGUGAAAGACAGGUGUAAAAGAUGGCAAGCAGCUUGACGGCACUUGGUACCUUCUGGGCACUGCUGUCAUUCCUCUCAGCAGCGAUCAGCUGCACAAGUUUUUUCAUGCCCUACUGGCUGUAUGGCUUCCAAAUGGGAAAACCAGUUUCAUUCAGCACUUUUCGCAGGUGCACCUACCCGGUUCAAACAGACGAAAGGAACAUGGUAAUGUUGGAAGAAUGUGGAAGAUAUGCUAGUUUUAAUGCCAUCCCAAGCCUAUCCUGGCAGAUCUGCACCCUGGUGACUGGUAUUGGCUGUGCUCUACUCCUGCUGGUGUCCAUAGCUUCUGUUUUAGGCUGCUGUAUUGGUGAUCUUAUUUCUAGGAUGACUGGAAGGUUCCAUGGUGCUAUACAGUUCAUUGGAGGACUCCUCAUUAGCUCCGGAUGUGCCCUGUAUCCACUGGGGUGGAACAGCCCUGAAAUCCAGCAGGCAUGUGGCAAUGCGUCCAGUCAGUUCCAAUUAGGUACCUGCAAGCUCGGCUGGGCAUAUUAUUGCACAGGAGGUGGAGCAGCAGUUGCUAUGCUCAUCUGUACGUGGUUGUCAUGUUUUGCUGGAAAGAAGAACAAGCCAUCCCUAUAUUGACAAUAUAUAGAAGUUGAAGGAUGCUGGUCAUUACUGA